AUGGCGACAUCAAAGUCGCCGAGUGACUCGAGUUCCGGCCGCUCCAACUCGCGGCUGCCGACGAGUAUCCCAUCAUCGCCUCCCUCAGAGGCACAUGAUGAUCUAGACGGUGCCGAUGACGCCCUGGUCAAAGAGGAAGAAGAUGCCCGGGCCGAGAAUGAAAAGGCCGAAGAGAAGCGUCGCCAGGCCUUGCUAAAGAAGAAGAAAAAGAAGAAGGCAGAGACCAAGUCCGAACGAGAGGCCAAGGCUAGAGAGCUUGACGAUCUCCUGGCAAAGUCAGCUGCAUUCUCUGAUAUUCUCACUAAAAAGACACAGGUGUUGGGUCGCGUAGGUAGCAGCCUUGACGGCAAGACUCUGGGCGAGCAUAACCUUGCCAUGGCUCAACAACCCAAGUGUAUGAUCAACGGCACCAUGCGAGACUACCAACUUGAGGGCCUGACUUGGAUGUACGAGAUCUGUUCUCAGGGCAUGUCUGGCAUUUUGGCGGAUGAGAUGGGUCUCGGCAAGACUGUGCAGACCAUUGCUUUGAUCGCACUUCUACGAGAGCAGGAGAACUACCUUGGCCCUCACUUGAUCGUCGCGCCUCUCAGUACUUUAUCCAACUGGAUGGACGAGUUCGCAAAAUGGACUCCCUCGAUCCCAGUGGUCAUGUACCACGGUAACAAGGACGACCGUGAGAGGAUCUUCAGAACGAGCAUGAUGAAGCAUCUUAAAGGCGGACGCCCUACCGCCAAGUUCCCAGUCGUUUGUACUUCUUACGAGAUGGUCCUUCGUGACCAGCACAAUCUUUCCAAGAUUAACUGGGAAUUCAUCAUCAUUGAUGAAGGACACCGCAUGAAAAAUGCCGAGGCCAAACUGUUUCAGCAGCUUCGCCAGUUCCAUUCAGCAACCCGACUUCUCAUCACAGGAACCCCGCUACAGAACAACUUGAAAGAGCUCUGGUCGCUGCUCCACUUCCUGCUUCCAACCAUCUUCACCGAUUGGGAGGCUUUUGAAUCAUGGUUUGACUUUUCAGACCUUGAGGAUGAACAAGGAACUGAAGAAUUCCUUGCCGAUCAGAAGAAGCAAGAGCUUGUCAAGAAGAUUCACCUCAUUCUACAACCCAUGUUGCUUCGGCGCAUCAAGCAAGAUGUCGCGGCAUAUCUUCCCAAGAAAAGAGAAUACGUGCUCUUUGCUCCUAUGACAAAGGACCAGACCGACCUUUAUAAUGUCCUCACGAACAAAAAGAUCGAUACUCGAGAAUAUCUCGAGAACAAGGUGAUUGAGAAACUCAAUGCUACAGCAUCGACGACUCCUAGCGGAAAGUCAUCUCGAGCGAGCAGCGUUGCGGCACCCAAGACAAUGUCGCUUCCUGUGCGUGAGUCUCCGCGUAAGAAGCAGACCGAGCCAGCAGAGUCAUCCGGCAAUGCAUUCUCAGUGAUGAUGGCAAAGCGUGGUCGUGGAAGGCCACCCAAGAACGCCAAGUCCGCUACGCCAGUUGCGACGACAGAGAAGGCUGGUGGUAAACGAAAGAACCAUCCCAUUUCUCUGGAACCCGAGCCCAAGAGCACCAAAUCGAGUCGUCAGUCGACACCCGUGAGUUUGCGUAGAAGACCUCAGAAAACUCGUACCUACAAGGACGCUGGGUCAGACGAAGAGAAACUCUCGGACGAUGAAUUUGAAGCGAAACUGGCCAAUGAGAUGGUGUCCGAUGAAGAAGAAGACAACAAGGCGUCAAUGACUCCCGAGGAACGUAAACGUGCUGAGACUCUCGAGCUCGCAAAAAAGCAAAUCGCCCACAAGAAGCUGGGCAACCCUCUGGCUCAGCUACGUCUUGUGUGCAACUCGCCGCACAACUUUUACAAUCCAUGGAAUGCCUCUACGGAUCUCCCUGUCGACGACACUAUCGUAACCGUCUCAGGAAAGAUGCUUCUCCUGGAUCGUCUACUCCCGCGCUUGUUCGAGGAUGAUCACAAGGUCCUCAUAUUUUCCCAGUUUACAACACAGCUCGACAUCCUUGAGGACUACUGCGAGCUUCGUGGCUGGAGGGUCUGCCGAAUCGACGGCUCCGUCGCUCAGGAGAGUCGACGCACUCAGAUCGCUGAUUUCAACAGUGAUCCUGAGUACAAGAUCUUCCUUCUUUCUACUCGCGCGGGUGGUCAAGGUAUUAACCUUGCUUCCGCCGACACUGUCAUCUUAUUUGAUUCAGACUUCAAUCCCCAGCAGGAUCUUCAGGCACAAGACCGAUGCCACCGAAUUGGUCAAACCCGCCCUGUUGUUGUCUUCCGCCUUGCAACCAAGGACACAGUUGAGGAAGCGCUCCUCAACUCAGCGGACGCCAAGCGACGUCUCGAAAAGCUCGUUAUUAAAAAGGGCAACUUCAAGUCCAUGGGUCAGAAGAUGGACCACAACGAGGAGAUCGACCCUGAGUCUCUCCGUGCUCUUCUCCUAAAAGACGGCGAGGUGUAUAAAGUUUCAGGAGGCGAAGAAAUUCUCAGCGACUCCGACCUUGAUGUGCUGUGCGACAGAAGUGAAGCAGCGUACGAGAAAGCUGCGAGCGGACAAGGCGACGCUGAUGCCUUCCGCGUUGUCGAGACAGGCGCUGAUUCUAUCAAGAUGGCUCGCAAGGAUUGA